CGGUCUUUUUGGAGUAAAGAUCGACUCGACGCCGAAACCAUCGGUUCCCCUGGCGCAGCGCAUCGCAGCCCAUGUGAACCGCACAAAUGUUUAACAGGGGGUCGAAUGGGAGGCGCAUGGCUUUCCUUGGAACUGUGCGCCGCGGCGCUUCCGCGUGUUGAGUAAACCAUGUGUUAGGCACAGGGGCUGAUUUUGCAGGAUCAGGAUUUUUUCUUUACACAUGUCACUGGAGAGCGAGGAAGGAACGCGGCGCUGGCUGUCGCCCCAUCGCCAUCCUGUACCUAUAACAUAGCCGUUCAAAUGAGUGUGUGCCUUUCCUUCUCUGCCAUUGGAUCACUUCUGAUCGGAGGACCGACUAUAACGGAAAAUGCGCUGAGCCAUUGGUUCAUAUGUUUCAGUUUCACUCCUCCAAUCGGAAAAGCCUCUGUGGUUUAUAUAGAUUUCCUGAUUUUUUUUAUUACGUGCAGCAGAGCUGUGCUCGCGUAAACGCCAUUAUCCUGACACUGUUUUAUCGUCAACAACCAUAUUUAAACCAUUAUGUCUGGUAGAGGGAAAACUGGAGGCAAAGCCCGAGCUAAGGCCAAGUCUCGCUCCUCUCGGGCCGGACUCCAGUUCCCGGUGGGUCGCGUCCACAGGCUACUGCGCAAAGGCAACUAUGCGGAGCGCGUCGGGGCCGGGGCUCCGGUGUAUUUGGCUGCCGUGCUGGAGUAUUUGACAGCUGAGAUCCUGGAGCUGGCCGGAAACGCUGCCAGGGACAACAAGAAGACCAGGAUCAUCCCACGGCACCUCCAGCUGGCCGUGCGCAACGACGAGGAGCUCAACAAGCUGCUGGGAGGUGUGACCAUCGCGCAGGGAGGCGUGCUGCCCAACAUCCAGGCUGUCCUGCUCCCCAAGAAGACGGAGAAACCGGCCAAGAGCAAAUAAAGAGUCGCCGAUGGCCUCGAAGUCAUUCGGGGCCAAAGGCUCAGCUGGGAACCGGCUGAUUUCAAUAUCAGUGUUUGUUUUUCUGCUUAUGGACGAACAACCUUCCACACAGGGGGCAGUGUGUGGUGUUGCUGUUUCUUCGUUGUAAACAUCCACUCGCUUCUCAUCGGGACUAUUCAUAGACUGCUGUGUAGCCACUGUUGUGUUGUUGGUGUGGGAAAUGGAGGCGUUCUCUACAGGCUGGGGAUAAUGAAGACCUCGGCAACAAGAAGGGGGGAAUCCCGUUGUCAAAAUGGACCAAUUCUUGGGGGAGGGUGUUUUUAUUUUCACAUUGCUGCUACAAAACGUGCUAAAUUGUGGUAUGGAUUAUGUCAUGUUCAAAUAAAUAUCCUGCUGCCUUCUGGCACAGGGCGAAUACA